GCAAAACUUAAAGAUUGCAGAAAAUUAAAUAAAAUUGCGCGAUUUUGCACAAUAAUAUUUCAUCAGUUUACAUAUCGGCAAAAAAAGUUUUGAAAAAUUUUUUAUUUUGUUAUUUUAUUGUAAAAACACUGGAGUUUUUAUUGUUACACUUUUCUCCUGACAAUUAUUGAGAAAAUGUUAAAAUUGGGACGUAAUGGAGUACGUUUUGCCAGUACAACAUCCGUUGCAACGGCAGAUAGCAAAGCAGCGAAACUUAUCGAUUCAAUAAUACGAGUAAAUCAUGCCGGGGAAUUGGGAGCUGAUAGAAUUUAUGCUGGACAAAUGGCUGUCUUAGGCAAAUCAUCAGUGGGUCCAACGAUUGAACACAUGUGGGAUCAAGAGAAGAAACAUAGAGAAAAAUUUGAGGAGCUGAUUCGAAAGUACAGAGCAAGACCAACAGCUUUGCUUCCAAUAUGGAAUGUCGCGGGAUUUGUUUUGGGUGCCGGUACAGCGCUUAUGGGUGAGAAAGCCGCGAUGGCUUGUACAGUAGCCGUUGAAACUGUUAUUGUUGAACACUACAAUGAUCAAUUACGUGCAUUAAUGGAGGAUAGUAAUAGAGACAAUGGCGUUGAUGAAGAAUUAUUAGAGACCAUUAAAAAAUUUCGCGACGAAGAACAGGAGCAUCAUGAUACGGGAAUAGAUCUUGGCGCUGAACAAGCUCCGCUUUAUGACGCUCUGACAAAAAUUAUCAAAGCAGGAUGUAAAACUGCUAUUGCGAUAUCUAAAGUCGUAUAAAUUUUAGCGACUGUUUAUUUAUAUUAUAAUUUAAUUGAUGCUCACUAAAGACUGUUAUUGAUGAAAUAUUAUAUUGUAUAUAUAUAUAGUACUCGAAUUACUUUUAAAGUAUAAAAAUAAAUUAAAACGUACAAGAUAAAGUCAGUUAUUUAUAUUUAUCUCAUUUAUAAAAUUAAAAAAAAAAAUAUAAAUAUAUUUACCGCCUUCGCAAUAAGGUCCUUGGAAACCAGGAGGACAUGAGCAUACUCCUGGUGCAGUACAAUUACCGCCGUUCAUACAAACUGGAUAGCAAAGGGCUUUUUUGCAGUGCGGUGGACCCAUGUAACCAUCAGGACAUGGUCCUGGAUUUGGUUCUGAAAUAAAAUAGAUUAUCAUUAGCUAAAUAUAUCAACUUGUUAUUUAAUGUUGAAGAACAAAUUAAACUAGUGUGGGAUUAUUUAGUCUUUAUAUUUUUUAGCAUUAGAGUAACACAUGCAGAGAUUAUUAUUAUUAAUUUAAAAUUAAUACUUUAAUUAAUAAAUUUUGAUCAUAAAGCAUGCAACAAAUUGGUGGUGAUAUGAUUACUGGUGAUACAGAACUGUAUGUGUGAGUGGAGAAGUGGUGAUCUUGGGCGCGACUGACGCACUCACCGCGCACGGCGCAUUCUUUUCUCAAGUUGAGACGUAGGGGAGUCCCAUUUAGCGGUUUACCCUUGCGCGUCUCAAUGAUCAGUCCAAUGCUAAAUUGUACUACUCCUGAGCUAUUGCCAGAGCAGGUCUUUUAGGCACACGACCUUUUGUUUUAAUGGUGAUCGACGGUGUUUUUAAUAUCGACUCGUCAAGUGAAGACAGACGAUAGAAAUUGUAAUAAUAUUUUUUAACUCCAGACUUCCAUGUAAAAUUAACGUAAGAAACUUCACUGGGUAUUAUCGGUAAUUUAUUCUCCAAUUCUGGGUCCAGCAAAUACGACAGCACUCUGCCUUCAGUUAUUGCAUAGAUUUCCAUCUCCAAUCCUGGAAAAAAAAAUGAGCUCACCGCUAAACAUUUUAAUUUGCUGUCGAUCAAUCCAAAGUGAUAUGUCACCUUCAGGCUUAUGAGGAUUACCCGUGCGAUGAUGUCUGGCAAUUACCUGUUCAGUAUGAAGAAUUACUGUAGCAAGAGUAGCAGCGACAACCGCGAGGAUGACAUGCGAAACCCACGGCAUUUCUCUUUGUAACAGGUGUUUUAUCGGUAGCAGUAAAAUAACAAGGAUGUUAAUGAUGAUGAUUAUACUUCACUGAUUAACUUGUUUUAUCAUUAAGCUACUCAAGUAGCGUUAAAUUUAAAAUUUCACGGGUAUUUUAUUUACCUGUUGUGUUGAAGGAAGAAGAAGAGGAUGGUGAUGAUGAUGGUGAGAGAAGUGGAGGUGAAGGUGAUGCUGGAGAUGUUGAUGUUGAUAGAGUGAAAGAGUAGGAGGAGGAGGAGGAAGCGUGAACCAAAAGACUAGUAAGACAAGUGGGUGGGGGUGGGGAGAUAUAGAGAAUACAGAGUGGAUGUCCACAGGAGAUGAUGGAGAAAUGGGGAGCGUGUCGACACGUUCACUGCGGCUAAGUAACUGACUGACUGACUGACUGACUCAAUGAGAAAAGGCCUGCAGGCUGUGUUUCGUGCUCUCUUACCGCGCGAGAUCCCUAUCUACCAGUUCCAUCCAAUAUAUCGGGAUAAGGGUGUGUGCACACUGUUGCACACCGGCGAAAAACUCCCGCUGCGGUACACCAGUCCCACGAGACAAGACAAGACAAGACAAGACAGCAAAAGAUAAAAGAGUAAAAAGCUACAACCAAGAAAAAAGAACAAGACGUAGUUCCUUUUGCUAUUGAACGUCAACAAGACAAUUUUUCACAUCGUGGAAACUUUAUACCUGAUUUUGAUUUUUAAAAAAAGAAAAACCUUUUAUGCCUUUUGACACUGGUUCAAAAAAACAUAAAUAUAUGUCUAUUACUGUUAUUAUUAUAAUGAGGAUUAAUAAUAGUAUAUUGAUGAUAAUGGCGUUGAAAUUAUUUAAAUUUGCUAAACAGGUUCGCGUGUAACGAGAUGAGUUGGUUGUAAUAAUAGUGGUAUGAAGCUGUUUGUGUAUAUUUAUAUUUAUAUAUAUAUAUAUUUAUUUAUUUAUAUGUAAAAAGAAGAGGGUGUCCGGGAAAUUGAGAAUCCGGCUGCGAAGUGACUGCGGAUUUACGCGCUCGUUGGAGAGGUAACCGAUGCGAGAGGAGGGAACCAGUUUUUAACGUCACCUUUGGUUCUUCGGUCUCCUUCGUCUUUGCAUUUGGUAUUAUAAGAGAAGAGGAGAAGAUAAAAUAAGAGAAGAUCAGACUGUCGACCAACACAAAUCGCAGUCCCUCGACCUUGUUUCUCACGAUGUCUUCGGUAGUAUAUAUACUCUACUAUAUAGUUAUUAGUAGGUGAGAGCCGGCUACUUAGCAAAUCGAAUAAUUUUCAGGUCACGCAUACGGUCAACACGCACGCAAUACACACAUCACUUUAACGAUGCGUUAAUUUAUAUAAUGAUUAUAAUAAUAACAAUAAUAUUAAUAUGAAUAAAUAUAUCUAUAAAAAAAGCAAUAAACAAACUUGGCGAAUAUAUUUGUUAUUGAUUAAUUGUGAUCAAUCACCAUCAUUUCUGAAAGAUCAACAUGAGAUAAAUAUAUUCGGAUGGAAUAAAAUAAUCAAUCCAAUUAGCGACAUACUGAGACACAAUUUAUUUUUAAUAACUUCUAUUUGACUCCGUGAGACACGACUAGUCGACUGGAGAGAUAUCUUCAUCUCAAGCCUAAAGGCCUUUUAAAUGCUGUCAAGAUUAAAUGGGCAAAAAAAUAAUAAAUAAUGCACAGGGUACGCAACAGGCUUUAGAGAGCAUAUACGAUCAAUAGUUGAUAAUAGUGUUCAUUGUAUUCACCAAGUACUGAGAGGGAUGGGCUACCUAACAAAUGGCUCAUUGUUAUACCUCGCAUUUUCUUCUCUCAACUUCCUCUCUCAUUUCUUAUUCUCUUAAGACGACGACGACAUUACAGACCGCGGCUCUUGUUUUAUCCACCGUCGCCCACGUUUCUGCCCAGAGGAUUUUUUUUUUGCUAUUUAUAAUCGUACUUUUUUUACUCAUUAACUCAUUUAAUGUUUCAUCCUCGCACAGAUAAAAAUAUCAACAAAUUAUUCUUACACUGACUAGACCAAUUUUCGGAUUUUUUUUCAACAAGUUCAUUAAAAAAAAAAAAAAAAAUUAUGCACAUGUAGAAAAUUAAGAAAGCUAUGGGUGCAAUUUUUAAAAAUAUUUUUUUUAUAUAAUUUGUCGUUUUUAAAAAAAUCUAAAAAUUAUAAGACGUCAGCUAACUGCAGUAUAAAAAAAUUGAUACCCAUUUUCACGGCUCCAGUGCUGAUUUUUUUGUAUGCUCGUUACUAAAAGUAUCAAUUUAUCUCAGUAUACUCUAAUUGAGAACGGAUUGAUGAACCACCCUAUAGAUUCUGUAAUAAUAUCAAUCGUGAUACAACAUGCUACGCAAUUGGUCUUGUCUUGAAUAUUAUAUACAAUCGUGAGAGAGAUCACACAUGAUAUAAGAUCCAACACAAGAUAUUUCAUACAAAGUUUACUUCAUGUCUAUUUAUACGAUCAAUUUAAAACAUUAUAAAUACAUAUAUUUUUUUGAUAUUAAAAAAAAAUAAUAUAUCCAAGAAUAAAUAAUAUAGCUUACAUUAAUCUGUAAGCAACAUCAUGAAAGUUUAUGUGCGCAGAUCGCGAUAAUCUCCAUCUCAUCGUAUCGGCAAUUCUCGAUCCUCUCUACUCUCUAUAUAAUACACAAGACCGUACAAGAGAAUUAUUUUCAUCUCUGUCUGCGCUGAAAGGGCCCCAAAGUGAGAGAGAUACCGUGAGAUCCAUGUACACCACAAAAAACCUGUCCCGCAUAAUUACAUUAUCGGUCAGAUCUCGCACGACUUCUGUCCAGACUCUCUGGACCCGUUCGACCAGGCCGAGAAGCUGCACUCUUGUCUCUUAUUUUAUAACUCUUUCCGUUUUAUCUUCAGUUUCUCUCCUCGUCUUUCUUCAUCGAGUGUAGCAGUAGUAGUAGUAGUAGUAGUUGUAAGUUUAGUAGUAUACAGAUUAGAAGAGAGAAAGACACUCGCAAUAACUAGUAAGACUCAAAAAGAGAGAUCUGAGGAUCCCUCAAAGACCGCAGGGGGUCGACGAGUCCUCUUGUCAUCCCUCUACUCGCCAACACCCUCAUGAUUGAUCCCACAAAUAUGUAUAUUAGUUUACAACUAUUUAAUCAUCUUCUUGACUUAACAUUUAAGACUAGUAAUUAAUGGUUUUGUUUUUUUUUUAUCAUUUUUAUUUUUUUUAUUGACAUGGGGAUGUUACAUGGACGUAUGAUGGAAUGCGUUACAAAAAAUCGACUAUAACUAAAAAAAAUUAAUUAUAAUUUAUACUUAAAAAAUAAUACUAAUAAUAAUAAUGAUUUUCUUAACAAUAUGCAACGUAAUAAACGUCAAAAUAUAAUAUGUAUAUGUAUAAUUUAAAUCGGACGAGUUGAUAAGUUUUUUUUCUACUGUCAUUUGAUGCAUUGAGAUUCGUUAUUAAAUAAAAUAUCGAGAUUCUUAUAAUAAAUUAUUUUCAGAGCCAAGUCUGGUACAAAAAAACUUCUAUUUGUAUAAAAUGGUGCCAAUUAUUCAUAUUAAUGCACAAUUGUAUGUAUAGUAAAUAUUUAAAAUCUAAAUAAAAAAAAAA